AUGGAGGUCGCCUUGCUAGUGGCUGGAGCUUCCGUCGCCGGCACCUUCGUUGGCAUCCUGGCCGGACGUGGUCUCAGGCGCGGCCCACCUAUCCUUGCCAGUCCGAGAACGGCAGCACCAGAAGCCCUGGUUCCUUAUGGAGAACGACCAGCAAAGGUCCGGCGCCUCGAGGCUUCCCAGGUUUCCAUGGAGCUGCCCCGCCUUGCACUCGUCGACCACGAUCGUGAGGUGCCGUGCCCUGGCCAGACAAUGCUGCAGCUUUCGCAGGAUUUGCAGCUUUGCCGCUGCGCACAGCUGCAGAGCUGCAAGCAGCUACGUUCUGGUCAGCUCGACAUGAAGCAGAUUCGCGAGCACGUCGCGAUGCUCUCACUCCUUGGAACCAGGCUUGGAAUGGAUCCAUCAUUGAUUGCUGCUCUUCCAUCUGCUGCUGAGGGGGUCAGGUGUGGAUCGCCUGCAUCAUUGCAUGUCCUCGGGCUCUUUGAGCGCAACCUUCGGACCCAUGAGGUCUCCUUGGAGGGAAGGCUUUCAGUUCUUGCUCAAGUCCAGCAAGGGCUUCCAACAGGUCUCAAGGCGGUCACAGACCAAAGUGAGGCUGAGACCUCGGGGUUGCUGCAUCCAGCUUUGCCUGGAGGUUCAUCCCGAUCGCGGACGCAUUGUAAACGUCCAGCGCCGGAGGCUUCCGAUGUCGAGGACUUCAAGUGCCCUACCCUUGUUUUGACACAGGACGUUUGCCCGAGCCAGGGUUCCGAUGAGGAGGAAGGAAACAGCAGCACGUCAGAGGCGCAGAGCUCCCACGCAGGUCCCUCACCACUUGUUGAAGAGCUGGACGAGGAGCCUGAAUUUGUCAACUUUUGGGAAAAUGAUGAUGUUUCAGAGAACCAGAGCCGGAAACCGUCGGGGUUCACCAAGCUUCGCGAGGAGGAGCCACUGAGCUGUCGAGACCCUUGCUUGCCAGCUUCUGCCAACCGUUCAGAACCACAAUGUGCGGAUGACAGGGACAAGCCAGAGAACUCGAAGCAGGUGCAGUUCAGCGAUCCUUCAGGGCUCAUGCUCCUGGCUUUGUUGCAGCAUGCCGACGCGAAGGACAUGUCAGUCAUCAAAGGAAUGAAGUCUGCCGACAUAAAAAAGGUCGUGGCCCAUCGUAAGAAGCACGGGCCCAUGAACCAGUUGGAUGAGCUGCCGGGCAUCGUGGGGCGUCGAAUGUCGCUGAAGAAGCUGAUCAGUGACAAUCCAGUUUGA